AUGGCUCCAUAUCUGAACCCGUCUGGGUCUACUUCCCCAGAAUCAGACUCAUCCCACGCCAGCUAUCAUGGCCCAACCGAAAAUGGAGUACCAAUUGCGAUAUGUGGCAUGGCUCUUCGCCUUCCAGGAGGUAUCUCCACGCCGAAUGAGUUCUGGGACUUCCUAGUUAAGAAACAGGAUGCACGGGGUCUUAUCCCUGAGUCGAGAUACAAUUCUUCUAGCUUUUACUCCAAGUCUCGCAAGCCUGGUCAUAUUAAUACUCAAUAUGGAUACUUCCUUGAUGAAUCUGUGGAUAUCGGUGCCCUUGAUACGAGCUUUUUCAGCAUGCCCAAGAUCGAGGUAGAACGAGCAGAUCCGCAGCAACGACUUUUGUUAGAGCUUACUAGGGAAUGCCUCGAAAGCGCUGGAGAAGUCGACUACCGCGGCAAGACUGUUGGGACCUUCGUUGGAUCGUUCGGUGAGGACUGGCUAGAAUUAUUUGUCAAAGAUCCCCAGCUAUAUGGUACCUAUAAGAUUACCGGCUAUGGAGACUUUGUGCUCUCCAACAGAAUCUCCUACGAAUAUGAUUUCAAAGGACCCAGUAUGGUCAUCCGCACUGGUUGCUCUUCAGCUAUGAUCGGCCUUCACGAAGCGUGUAUGUCGAUUCGGUAUGGCGAAUGCAACUCCGCCAUUGUAGCUGGUACCAAUCUAAUUAUGGCUCCGGGACUCACUGUCUGUAUGUUCGAGCAAGGAGUAUUAUCUCCGAAUGGCUCAAGCAGAACAUUUGAUGCCGAUGCUGAUGGAUAUGCACGUGGAGAAGCUAUCAACAUGGUCUACAUCAAGAGGCUUGACCAUGCAAUCCGUGACGGCAACCCUAUCCGUGCUGUGAUUAGAGGUACAUCUAAUAACGCUGAUGGUAAGACACUCGGUCUCAGCGUUCCAAGUUCCCAAUGCCACGAGGCGAUGAUUCGCAGAGCAUACCAUGUAGCCGGGAUUUCAGAUAUCGCAAAAACCCCUUACGUUGAGUGCCAUGGUACCGGAACCGCAGCGGGCGACCCAAUCGAAGUCGCCGCUGUGGCUAAUGUUUUCGGUGAUACCGGGGUAUACAUUGGUUCCGUAAAGCCAAACGUCGGUCAUUCAGAAGGAGCAUCUGGAAUUACGUCGCUUAUCAAGGCAAUUCUAGCACUAGAGAAUCAGACCAUCCCUCCCAAUAUCAAAUUCAGCAAGCCUAACCCUAAGAUUCCAUUUGAGGAAAAGAAGCUUAGAGUACCUGUAGAACCUACCCCCUGGCCAGAAGAUAGAUACGAACGUGCUUCGGUCAAUUCUUUUGGCAUAGGUGGCGCCAACGCUCACGUUGUCAUCGAAUCGGCAAGAAUGUACUUCGGGAAUACUCAAACGUUGAACCAGAGAUUGUCACCUAUAAAGAGUCAAUUGCUGUUAUUUUCAGCCAACACUUCAGACUCGUUAAGACGGCAGGUGGUCCAGAAUCAGAAAUAUAUCGAAGAGUUCCCCGAGGCGGCAAAUGAUAUGGCUUAUACUCUUGGUGUAAGGCGUACACACUUACCGCACCGAGCAUUUUCGAUUGUAGACAAAGGUACCAUAACCAGUACGGCGCCUCUUAGCAAGGCACCUCAAUCACCUCCUGAUCUCAUUAUGGUCUUUACCGGCCAGAGCGCACAGUGGCCUCAGAUGGGUCUCGAGCUUCUCCAAUCAAACCUCACUUUCAAGAAGUCGGUUUACUACAUGGAGAAUAUCCUUAAAAACCUUCCUGACCCUCCUACUUGGUCUCUAGUUGAUGAAUUGACUAAGCCGGCCGAGACAAGUAAGCUGGAUAAAGCAUAUCUUUCUCAGCCUCUAUGUACUGCGGUGCAGAUUGCCCUAGUCGACGCAUUGUCUGAGUUUGAUAUCAAACCGUUUGGAGUGGUUGGCCACUCGUCCGGCGAGAUAGCAGCUGCGUAUGCUGCUAAGAAAAUUACUGCUGAAGAAGCUAUCAUUGCCGCGUACGAUCGUGGUGUCGUAUCCGACAAGGUGAAAAGGCCAGGGGCCAUGGCCGCCAUUGGCCUAGGUCGGGAAGAAACGACACAGUUCCUAGUGCCAGGCGUCAUUAUCGCUUGUGAGAACUCGCCUUCAAGCGUUACCAUAUCUGGCGAUAAAGAAUCAGUAAAUGACGUUUUGGAGGCGAUACAUUCAGAGAAGCCUGAGACCUUCGCUCGUGCUCUAAAGGUUGAAAAGGCGUACCACUCCCAUCAUAUGAGGGAGGUUGGUGAGACGUACAAUAGCCUCGUCUCUCACCAUGUUGGAAGUAAAUCGAAACAUGCAGUUUCUAAGAAUAUCGCGUAUAAACCUAUCUUUUUCUCUACCGUAACAGGAAAGAGACUCCUCGAUACCGAUGUCACAAAUUCCAGAUAUUGGCAAUUGAAUCUCGAGUCUCCUGUACUUUUCAACACAGGAGUUUCCAAUUUAGUCAGUUACCAUAAUGCUAAUAGUAAGGCGAGCCUCGUGUUUUUAGAAAUCGGGCCUCAUUCAGCAUUGGGUGGACCACUCCGUCAAAUUCUUGCAAAGUCGUCCGCCAGCUACCCAUACGUAUCAUGUCUCGUCCGUGGUAAAAAUGGAAGCGAGACGUUCCUUUCGGCUGUCGGCCAGCUUUGGAUUCAAAAUCUACAUAUCAAUCUGAACCGCCUGACCAAUCCGGACGGCACCGCUCGCGUUGUCCCGGAUUUACCCACCUACCCUUGGCAACACAGCGACUCUUUCAUGUUGGAGAACCGUAUCGCUAAAGAAUGGCGAUUCCGCAAGUUCCCCAAACAUGAGCUGUUAGGUAUUCGCGUUACAGAAAGCACAGAUGGUGAACCUGUCUUCCGGAACGUCCUGUCGCUUGCUCAUAUUCCGUGGAUACAGGACCACAAUAUCAAAGGGGAUGUAAUCUUUCCAUGCGCAGGAUACGUAGGUAUGGUAGGUGAAGCGGCUCGUCAAUUAUGCGAGGGUCUGUAUACAGGCUUUGCUUUACGCCAAGUCGUCAUUGAUGCUGCCAUGGUCCUGACGGAGUCCAAAUCAACCGAGAUCAUUACCAGUGUACGUCGAGCACCGCUUACAGAUACUCUGGACAGCGCAUGGUGGGAUUUUAUCGUUAGAUCGUACAAUGGGACAUCAUGGACGAAGCAUUGCUCUGGCCAAUUUUCUGCCCUAGCCAACCCACCAUUAAACGAUAGAGCAGAAGACGCAUCUAAACUUCCUCGUCUGGUCGAGCCCGCGAAGUGGUAUCAAGCUCUUAGAAAUGUCGGGGCGAAUUACGGGAAGGAUUUCCAAGGCUUGUCUGAUUUAUCGUGCUCAACAACGCAACACCUCUCUAAGGGGAGGGCGAUACACACGGUAGAUGCGGAUGAUAACAUCUAUUGCGUACACCCUACCAAGGUUGACUUCUUCCUCCAACUAUUCAGUGUUGCUGCAACCAACGGCCUAACACACAAGCUGGAUAAGAUGAACGUUCCAACAUUUAUAGAGUAUAUGGAGACCUACAAAUGCGAUUCGGAAAUCGAUAUUGCCAUAAGAGCAAUUCAGACUCGGCGCGGUAUCUUGUGCGGCGGGGGCGAGGGAUUCGACGUCGAGGGGAAAAUGGCGCUCAAGAUGAAAGGUGUGAAACUAAGUCCUAUUGAAGGCGAUGCCGCGACCGAGAAUCCUGAUCCUCAUGCUGGUGCCAGGGUGUUCUGGCGACCGGAUAUCGACUUUGUCGAUGCUACAUCAUUGAUCAUCCCGCACAAAGAACAGGAGCGGUAUAUGUCUAUAUGCGAAGAAUUGCAUCGGGUCUGUGUUCGCGAGGCUCUUCUUCGUCUUCGAGGCCUUCGAACAGAUAUCCCCCAUCUCCAUAAGUUCAAAUCAUGGUUAGAGAAGCAACCCAAGCCGAAGUCUGAGAGUUCAUUUGAAGUCCUCGCCAACAUCCUAUCUCCGACCACGAUGAACCCCCUAGUAGUUGCAUUUACCAAGAUUCUGGAUAGCAUAGUCCCCAUGUUUAAGGGUGAAGUCGAUCCGGUCGCGGUUCUAAUGGAGGACAAUGCCCUGACGAAUAUUUACACUUAUCUCGACCUCUGCAAUCGUAAAGAAUUGUUCCAGACCCUAGGCCACGCGAAACCAAACCUUCGUAUUCUCGAGGUUGGAGCCGGUACAGGUGGUCUUACGAACACUAUCCUCAAGAACCUCGUAAACUCAGAGAACGGCUCUCUUAUGUAUUCCGAAUAUACCUACACCGAUAUAUCACCCGCAUUCUUUAGCGCCGCUAAAACGCGUUUCGAAGAAUACCCCAACAUGAGCUUCCAGGCGCUGGAUAUCACCAAGGACCCACUCGCUCAGGGGUUUGAAGGAGGUUCAUACGACCUCAUCGUUGCCGCAAAUAUUUUGCACGCCACCCCUAGUCUUCAAGAAUCACUUAGCAACGUACGCAAACUUCUCCAUACUGAGGGUCGUUUAUAUAUGGAAGAAUUGUGCUCCGAUAGUAAAGCUAUUAACUUUAUCAUGGGCAUCUUCCCAGGAUGGUGGCUAGGUGCAGACGAUAACCGAGUGGACGAACCUUAUGUUCCUCCUGAGAGGUGGGACGAGUACUUACGACAGGCUGGUUUCGCUGGCUUAGAACAUGUAGCUCUCGAUUGUCCUCGACCCACACAAUUCGAUGCUAUCAUGACAGCUAAGCCAGCAGUUGAGAUUCAACGGCUCCGUACCACGACUGUCAUUUACGGUGACGAUACUUUAAGUAUCGCAAUACAACUUAAGGAAAAGCUAGAAUCGGAGAGUUAUACGGUUGGAUUGCACCAUUGGGCUGAGCCAGGUCUUCCCACAGAUAAGGACAUGGUUGCAGUAGUCGAUCUUAAUAAGCCUGUAUUUGAAGAUAUUGGUCGGGAUGGUUUCGCCGCCUUCCGCAAGUUCGUGUCCGAGGUAUCAGAGUCCGGUGCUGGCCUCCUCUGGCUUACCCGAGCCUCUCAGGUCAGGGCUCAGGACCCUCGUUGGGCACAAAUCAUCGGCGCUAUGAGGACGAUUCGUGGUGAGCUAAGUGCUGACCUCGCCACAUGCGAGAUGGAUCAGGUCAAUACCGCAAAUUUAUCCGCGGCGUUGAAAAUAUUCCAGAAAUUCCAUAAUCGAAAACAGGACGAAAAUUUACAUCCCGAGUAUGAAUAUGCCAUUGUGGACGGGGUUGUACAUAUACCCAGGAUAUAUCCUAUCACAGUUAACGAUGAGCUGCGCGAACCACAGCUAGAUGAGGCGUCUGACGUAGGAUAUGACCUUAGAAUCGGAAAGUACGGGCGGCUUAAUACAUUGGCAUGGACAGCGAUCCCAGUGAAACCAUUAGUUGGGGACGAAAUUCUAGUUGAGACAAAAGCCUUCGGGAUGAACUUCAAGGAUGUCCUAGUCGCCAUGGGCAUCGUAGAGAAUAGACUCAUGACAACGCUCGGCAUUGAAGCAUGCGGUGUUAUCAGCAAAGUUGGACCAGACGUAAAAGAUCUUCGUCCAGGCGACAGAGUGUUCUUAUUUGGCGAAGGUUGCUUCUCAACCCAACUGGUCCUACCGCAGAAGGUAUGUGCCAAGAUUCCCGAUUCCCUCAGCUUCGACGAUGCUGCAACCAUGCCCUGCGUCUUUGCCACCGUCAUAUACGGGCUUCUCGACGUCGGCCAGCUACAAGAGAAGCAGACGCUGCUGAUCCACUCGGCUUGUGGUGGUGUCGGGCUCGCAGCCAUCCAAGUAGCCAAGAUGAUCGGUGCAGAUAUUUACUGUACCGUGGGCAACGAAGAGAAAGUCCAGUAUUUGAUGUCCACAUUCAUGAUUCCAAGAAGCCGCAUAUUCAACUCUCGCGAUAAGUCGUUCUUAGGGGAUAUCAUGGCAGCAACAAACGGCCGCGGAGUAGACGUGGUUCUUAAUUCAUUAUCGGGAGAACUUCUUCACACAUCCUGGGAAUGCGUGGCGGAAUUUGGAAAGAUGAUAGAAAUAGGGAAACGCGAUCUUAUCGGCAACGGGAAACUGGCCUUAAACAUUUUCGAGCUAAAUAGGAGCUAUCACGGCAUAGACUUGGGUCAUAUCAUGGAUGUGAGAGGAGAUCUUGGUAACAGCCUACUCAAAACAAUCGCCAAAUAUUAUGAGCAAGGUCAUAUUCAACCUAUUAGACCCGUUAAGAUCUUCACGGCCGACGCCAUCGGAGAUUGCUUCCGUUACAUGCAAAAGGGCCAGCAUAUCGGAAAGAUCACAAUCACGCUGGACUGUCCGGAAGCUAAAGCUUUGACUAAACGGCAGCCGACCCGGAAUAUCGAAUUCCAAAACGACGCCUCUUACCUGCUUGUCGGUGGCUUAGGUGGUCUUGGUCGUGCCGUAUCUAAUUGGAUGGUUGAACACGGCGCUCGCCAUCUUAUAUUCCUCUCACGUCGCGCUGGCGAGACUGCUGAGGAUCAGGCCUUCUUCAAGGAACUGAAAAGCCAGGGGUGUAAGGCCACUGCCGUGAAGGGCAGUGUCGCUUCACUUUCCGAUGUAGAGCGGGCUGUGACAGUUGGUGGCAUCACUCUCAAGGGAAUAUUGAACGUCUCCAUGGUCUUACGGGACCAGAGCUUCAUUAAUAUGACGUACGAAGACUGGACACAAUGCGCGGACCCUAAAGUACUGGGGACGUGGAACCUACAUAAUGCAACCGUCGGGCGCGGCCUUAAUCUUGACUUGUUUGUCCUCUUCGGUUCCAUUUCAGGGAUCGUAGGCCAGAGAGGUCAAGCCAAUUAUUCUGGCGCCAAUACGUUCCUCGAUAGCUUUGUGCAGUACCGUCAUAGCCUCGGUCUCAAUGCAUCUGCAGUCGAUAUUGGUGUUAUGCUUGACCAUGGCUAUGUCGCCGAUAACCCUGUGGUUCGUGAGCGCCUCCUAUCGCAAGGUAUAUUCGGCAUUCGCAUCGCCGAAAUGCUUGACGCUAUUACCGCUGUUAUCGUAGCUCCACGCCCAGCCAUCCAGGAUGCUAAAAGUGGACGCUCUAAGCCGUUUGUCAGCCGCAGUGAACUGCUCAUAGGUAUGCGUAGCACUACAUCUCUCACUGAUGUAUCCAACCGUGUGCCUUGGAAAGGCGACCGCCGCGUGGGUGUAUAUCUAAACAGCAGUUCCGGUUCUUUGUCGUCAAGCUCUGCCGUAACAUCAAGCGAGCUAUUAUCAUUCGUAUCAUCAGCCAUCGGUAACCCAGCAGUUCUUUCCACUCCAGAUGCGGUUAUCUUCGUCGCGAUUCAAAUUUCGAAGCAGCUACUUAGUUUACUUAUGAAGCCCGUAGAAAGUGAUACCGAGAUUGAUAUCAACAGGACUCUGCAGGAAAUGGAAUUUGACAGCCUCGUAGCAGUGGAGAUGAGGAGCUGGUGGAAAUCGACUUUCGGCUUCGAUAUUAGCGUUUUGGAGAUGCUCGGAGCGGGGAGCAUGAAGGCACUGGGCGAGAAAGCGGUAGAAGGUUUAAAGGAGAGAUUCGGCGCGUCCGGGAAUGAAGACGAUGGCGCGGUGAAGUAUACGCACGAAGAGGUGAUUCUGACAAAGAUGCCAUGA